AGCCCGAGAUGGCCGACCGAGAAAAUGAAAUUUUGGCAGUCCUCCUACUACUCAGCCACAUAUUUAUCGGGAAAGGAUUGGACAACUGCCAGUCGCUGUUCAAAGAGUACUAUAUAAGGCGUAAAGAGUUGGAGACCGUGUCGACGAUAUCGACAACCAUUUCUUCUGAGCUCAAGGAGUUGGGCUGUACGACACUAUUCCGGUUUGUAUCAUUAUGGGGCUUCAUAAAACUGGAAGAGACUGAAGGUCCAAGGUGUAGAGACUUGCGGCACCUCAAGGCCCACCUCGAGCUGGUCCGGAUUUGGGAAUCCAUCAACUUACAGGACGCGACCCGGUUGGACGAACUCAAAAUCCUUCGCCGUUCUGAGACCUUCCAAAAAUUCCUCACCGACAAGAAACUCGUUGGUAAACGGGUCAGUACGCAUAAGUCACAACUAACAUCGUUCGUUGCACACCAAUUGGGUAUUACCAACAAGAAAUUCACCAUCACUGCCUCUCGCUACAAACCCCUUCUCACCUUGGUUCGGCAUUUUGGAGGAGUAUUGGCGUUCAUACCUCGGAGUAGGCUGCUUGUACUCUUCCGUCGGGUACGUAACGUAACAGCAAAAGAAGAAGAGCAAAUACUUUCCACAAUCAUUACAAGGAUGACGCAGGAGUUUCCUGGUAUCUCCGACCUCUGCUCUGAGACACUACGCAACAUGGUGGAGCCUAUCCUUGAAGAGAAGGACCUACCACCAACUUUGGGCCUCACACUUCUAAGCGCAGAGGAAAUUUCAACGUUCCAGUCCAAGAGCGUAUGGGAGAUGGUGAUAAAUGGAGCCAAUACGAGCCCUAAACCAAGGGUCUUCGAGUUGCAAGACGAGGAUGGAUCAGAGGCUAAUAAUGGAGACGGGGUUGGGGAGGAAAGCUUCUUCUCCGAUUCAGACUAGAGCCCGCCCGGAGUAUGCCGAAAGGGACAUCACAUGUAAAUUUUACAAUAGCGGUUUUAUUUAUUCAUUUCCG